CUUCUCCUAUAUAUAUACACGCGCCGUACGCCGCGCACCACAUAUCCUUCUUCACCCUCACCCCCUCGCUUCUUUCCUUUUCCCUCUCCCCAGUUCUCUCCGUCUCUCUCAGCAGGGCGCUCGCGCGCGCUCUCUCUCUCUUUCUUAAACAGAAAGAAAAUUAGGGUUAGGGUUUAAAGAGGAGUUCUUCGUACGCUACCGCCGAGCAAUGUACCGAGGCGACGACCCCUUCAUGCAACCGCCGCAUCUCCCGGGGGAGAUCGUCGUCGACAACGACGGCGGAGGGGGAGAAGAAGCGCUGUCCUACGCCGGCACGACGGCGGAGCAGCUCUUUCACUUUCAGCCGCAGCAGCAGCAGCAGCCGCCGCCGUCCAACCAGCUCGCUCUCUCCUUCCAGGGAGAGUUUUACGUGUUCGAUUCCGUCCCCCCGGAGAAGGUUCAAGCAGUAUUGUUAUUAUUGAAUGGGCAAGAAUUACCAUCUGAUGUUGCUGGCAUGGCAGCACCCAAGCCAAAUAAUGUGAGUGGUGUACCACAACCCACGAAUGCUCAUAGGCUUGCUUCUCUAAUGCGCUACAAGGAAAAGAGGAAAAACCUAAAUUUUGAUAAGAGAGUACUCUAUACUGUCCGAAAGGAAGUUGCUUCAAGGAUGAAGCGUAAUAAAGGUCAGUUUGCAUCAUCUAAGUCGAACUCACCUGAAUCCGAUGCAACCUCCUUAAAUUGUGAUCCUAAUCUUGGAAUCUGUCAAGAGGAGACAAGCCAGCCAGCUAUCUGCUUGAACUGUCAAACGAGGGAAGAGUCUACACCUAUGAUGCGUCGUGGACCAGCUGGACCGAGAUCACUUUGCAAUGCUUGCGGGUUGAUGUGGGCAAACAAGGUUGGGAUGCUAAGAAGUCUAACACAGGUUUCUACUUCUGGAAUGCAGGGAGAGGAAUCCAGUUGAACAGGUCUUUGAAGGGGCAUAUAUGCACAUUACUAUGGAUAAAAAAUAGUGUUACUUCAGAUUUCAUGGAAGUAAAGGCUCAUCUCUGACUAUUAUUUCCAUCUGAAAUAGUUACAUAUCUAGCAAUCAAAGGUGGUCUCUGUUCAUAUCAAUAAUGUACAGUCAAAAGUCUUACUUAUUCUACUCCAUUUUGCAACAGCAAUUUAUUUACGCAGAAUAUGGUGGUUUUAUGGACUCUAGUAAGUGGCUUUUCUGCUUUUAGUGCUGAUUAUCGUACGCUCUUAUUGCUACAAAAUGUUGCAGCAUAAGAUCGUGGCUUCAAUAUCACCAUUUUUUUUUAGCUUUUGAUGCUUCUUUCUUGGUUUUUUUUUUUUGUGUUUGGGGUAAAAGGGCGCUAACAGCGCCAGUCAAGUGUGUGAAUAUUCGGAGGGGCAUGACACCGCAUCUUUAGUCCCAUACUGCUUCAGCAAGAGAUGCCACAGCCGUAACUCUAUUAUAUAAAAUCAUGAGGGUGCCCAAAGGGACCCCGCAGCUGCGGGGUGGACACAAAGCGAACUAUUCUUUCACCUUUUACUAGAGAAUACCGUGUGCCCGCAACAUAAAAGCAGCAUAUCCUCUCUUUGGAGGGUCUUUUCCUUUAGAGGAAUUGGUCCUAACAAUUUGAAAAUAAAAGAACUUUCAAGUUGUAUUAGGCACUGUUGUUGUGCUAACUAUCAUUUGUGUUACAUGACAGUGAAAUUAGGUCUGAGGUCUACCCAGAUGUGGUUCUUGUUGGUA